ACAUGGGUCAGGGUUUUAACCUACUACGAAAGUUCGUGUCAAAAUCAAAGGGAAUAUAUUUUUCAUACAUCCUACUUAAUAGUCUCUCCACACCAACAAAAAUAGAAAAAUGAAAAGAAAUUCUCCCCAACAUUUCCUAUACAAAAAGACCACUCUCUUUUCAUACAAGCAAUAAAGUCUCUCAUUUCACCACAUUAUAGAAUCGAAGCCAUAUUUACCAAACAUACAUAUCUCCCAAAGAACUAAUCAUCACCACCACCACCACCAUCAUCAUGUCGGCUAAAGACUGUGGCCACCACGAUGAGGAACGUCACAAGCUACACCGCCGCCUAUUCACCGCCUUAGUUGGCUUCAUAAUCCUAAUCCUCUUCAUCAUCCUUCUCAUCUUCCUAAUCCUUAGGCCAACAAAACCACAUUUCAUCCUCCAAGAUGCUACCAUCUAUUCCUUCAACAUUUCCUCACCUAAUCUCCUCACCACCAACUUCCAAAUAACCUUAGCCUCUCGUAACCCUAAUGACAAAAUAGGAAUUUACUAUGACAGACUUGAUGUCUAUGCAACUUACCGUGGCCAACAAAUUACUCUCCCUACACUUGUACCACAAACAUAUCAAGGCCAUAAAGAUUUCACAAUAUGGUCACCUUUUGUGUAUGGUAACUCCGUCCCCGUCGCACCGUACCUUAGUGAGAGUCUUAGGGAAGAUCAAAUGGCUGGAACUGUGUUGAUUAAUGUUAAAGUUGAUGGAAGAGUUAGAUGGAAAGUUGGAACAUUUGUCUCAGGGAAGUAUCAUUUGAAUGUGAAUUGUCCAGCUUAUGUUGGUGGUAAAAUGAUUGGAAAUAGUAUUGCUGUUGGUUCAGCUAUGAAAUAUCAAUUGGUACAAAAUUGUCAUGUUGAUGUUUAAUUAACAAUUUGGUGCUCUCUCACUCUCUACUCCUUACCCCCACCCCCUCUUUUCUUAACAAUUAUAUAUAGUAUGUAAUAGUUUGAUCUAUGAGGGUUGUAUAAAUUGAGAAAAAUUGCAAAGUUCUAGCGGAAUUUAUUGAUUUUAUGAUAACAUGGUGUUAAGGUCAGUUUAUGCGCAUCUGGAUUAAUUUUACAGGUGAUUUCACCCACAAAGAUAAUUUGGAGAUGAAAAAAUCACACGUGAUUAUUCAUCCACUUCAUUGAUCACUAUUCACUAGACUGGAUCCCCUCAUGUUUCGUUUUGCAUUAACGUACAAAUUGUAUUGAUGGAAAAAAAGAAAAUUUCAAGUAUCAAAAGUGGGAUAAAGUAAAUAUUCUACGUAUACUUUUUGUAA